CCGGAUCAGAGAGGCCAGACAGCGAGAUGGGGAAGAUGGCGGCGGCCGUGGGCUCUGUGGCGACGCUGGCUUCAGAGCCUGGAGAGGACGCCUUUCGGAAACUUUUCCGCUUCUACCGGCAGAGCCAGCCAGGGACUGCAGACCUGGGAGGGGUCAUCGACUUCUCGGCGGCCCAUACAGCCCGCGGCACGGGUCCUAAUGCCCACAAGGUGGUCAGAUCUCAGCUAAGUGUGUCUUCAGUCAGUGAACACGAUGCACAUAGAGCAGGACUUCAGCCUGUCAGCAAGUGGCAAGCCUAUGGCCUCGAAGGCUAUCCUGGAUUUAUUUUUAUCCCAAACCCCUUCCUCCCAGGUUACCAGUGGCACUGGGUGAAGCAGUGCCUUAAGUUAUAUUCCCAGAAACCUAAUGUAUGUAACCUGGACAAACACAUGACUAGAGAAGAGACCCAAGAUCUGUGGGAACAGAGCAAAGAGUUCCUGAGGUAUAAAGAAGUGAAUAAACGGCAGCCUCGAAGUUUACUAGAGAAACUGCGUUGGGUGACCCUAGGCUACCAUUAUAACUGGGACAAUAAGAAAUAUUCAGCAGAUCAUUAUACACCUUUCCCUUCUGACCUGGCUUUCCUCUCAGAGCAAGUAGCUGCUGCCUGUGGAUUUCAAGGUUUCCGAGCCGAAGCAGGUAUCCUGAAUUACUACCGCUUGGACUCCACGCUGGGAAUCCAUGUAGACAAAUCUGAACUAGACCACUCCAAACCCCUACUGUCAUUCAGCUUUGGACAGUCUGCCAUCUUUCUCCUGGGAGGUCUCAAAAGGGAUGAGGCCCCCACAGCCAUGUUUAUGCACAGUGGUGACAUCAUGGUGAUGUCAGGUUUCAGCCGCCUCUUGAACCAUGCAGUCCCUCGGGUCCUUCCAAAUCCAGAGGGGGAGAGCCUGCCUCACUGCCUAGAGAUGCCUCUGCCGGCUGUCCUCCCCAGAGAUUCAGUGAUAGAGCCCUGUUCUGUAGAGGACUGGCAGGUGUGUGCCAGCUACUUGAAAACUGCUCGUGUUAACAUGACUGUCCGACAGGUCCUGGCCACAGACCAGGACUUCCCUUUGGAACCUGUGGAGGACAAAAAAGGAGACAUCACCACAGGUUUCUGCCAUCUAGAUGACCAGAAUAGCCCAGUAAAACGGGCUAGGAUCGACGCUGACAGCUGAGGCUUGGACAUCCCAUUCUUUUACUCAAGCACAUCUUAUAGUAAAUGGCCAUGCUAUUUUGUAUUGCCGUGGACCAAGAUAAGCCAAACAACAGAGACAGGGAAGAACUAACUCAUCAUUGAUCACACUGUUGCCUUGGAACCCAUCCUGAAGAGUAAACUGAUGAACCACUUUGCUCAGAGAAGUGUUUGACCUAGUCCAAUCCUAGUUAGAUGUUGGCAUUAAUGUAUGUUGAAAAGUCAGCCCGAGGGGGUAUUGUUCUUCCACAACAGCCUUCUCAGCCUCUACCAUUACCUCUCAGGGAGGUACAAGCAAGUUUCCAUGUCUGCGGAGUCUUUUAAAUACCUCAGAUUUUAUCAGUGGGAACCAUAGUACUCCU